AUGAGGAGUGCUCGUCAGCGUUCUCCGUGCGCAAGGCCACACGAGGCUCGUCGACGGUGCGAAACGGCUUCGCGACACCGCGUCAGGUUCCAGGACGUGUUGACGGCUGAGGGAGGCUGGUCGCCGUCGGUGAACGACUUCCUGGCUCCUUGCAGGGGCCUCUACUACUUCUCCUUCCACGGCGUGGCUCCAGACAGAGGCGACUUUACGUUGGCCCUGAUGAAGAACGGCCAGUACCAGGUGACAGCCUAUGGCGGGAAGGGCAACUACCAGCAGGGCUCCAACUCGGCCCUCCUCCUGCUGAACCAGGGCGACCUGGUCCACUUGGAGCUGCAGCAGGGAAGCCUCUACGAGCACCCACACGGCGAGGCCUACACUUCCUUCAGCGGCUUCAUCGUCGAAGCCUAUUAGGGGAGCCCAUGAAUGACCUGUUGAGAAUAAGACUACUGGCAUCGGUGAUUUCUCAUUCUAUACUAAAGCGACAUUGCUCAUGGUACUUCUGUGCCUUCCUUUACCCCGACGGCGGAGGGAAAUGACCCUCCGAAUGUACAAUAUCGAACCAAUAAAUCACAAACUGAGAAAA